AUGGUGUUGGCCAUGGCGUUUCAGGAUACUCAGAACCUGUUCCAGCCUCUCUCUUCCUGGAUAUCUCGGGUGUAUGAAGCUCUCCAGCAAGCAGGAGAUGUGUUAUCUGCCUCGUUGGUUAACUUAAGCAAACAAGACUCUAAAUUGAAUGACAAGGUAGACCAGGACUUAGAUGAUAUUCAGAUUCAGGAAACAUACUUUGAAGUUGAAGAACAAAUCAAUGAUGGGAGUCAAGAGGACACAAAUUCCUUGUUUCUUGAAGUGGAUCAUUUUUCUUGUUGCAAUAGUGAUUUGCAGGACUCUGGCCAAAGCUCAAGCCCUAGACUUAGCCAACAUGCAAAGGACUCAUAUUCCGUGAUAUCCCAGUGGCCCAAUCAUACCUGUGAUGACCAAAAGCCACCACAUGUGCUUUCUUCUAUUGCUGAGGAAGAACAUCACCUUGAACAGCAAAGGAGUGGCCUUCAACAUGACUUUGAGAGCCAGCUCUCUGGUAUUUUAGAAAAUGUUUAUGGAAAAAAGCAAGUGAACAGCUUUGGAGAUGAUGAAGAGCUGUGCACAUCUUCUGACACUGACGAGGAGGUGAUCAAGCAAUUUGAGAUUUCUGUGUCCCGGUCCCAGAGUUUCCGGGCAAGAGUGUCAGAGAAAAGCAAGCAGACAAGAUUGGAGCAGAAACCAAAAGUCUGCCGUUUGCUCUCUACCAAGGAAGAGGACAGAACCCAGGUGUCUGCCUGUGAAGAUUUGGAUGGAGCAAGGCAACUACAUUAUUCUGAGAAUUUGUCUUAUGGUGAAGAUGAGCCCACCUCUGCCCAUGCACAGUCCCUAUGUGAGGUGGGGGAUACAAGGCACCAUGGUGCAUCUCCCCAAGAGACCAGUGUGGUCCGCAGGCUCAGUCGCCAGUCCACAGAGGGCAGCUUGGAGAUGGAAGCCGCUUUUAAUAACCGGGGACUUGAAGACUCCUAUGCCACUGACAGCUCCUCCGUGUGGAGUCCAGAGGAGCAGGAUGGGGCUGAUUUUCAGCUGCCAUCAGGGGUCCCAGAGCCCAUCUCAAAGUGUGGGGAUCUGGAUGUCAUCUUUGAAUAUAGAGCUGCCAGCCAGAAACUCACAGUGACCAUUGUGAGAGCACAGGGCCUCCCGGAUAAGGACCGAAGUGGCAUCAACUCCUGGCAAGUUCACGUAGUCCUGCUGCCCAAUAAGAAACAGAGGGGCAGGACGGGCAUUCAGAGAGGGCCCAACCCUGUCUUCAAGGAGAAGGUCACCUUCGCCAAGCUGGAGCCCAGAGAUGUGGCUGGCUGUGCCGUCCGCUUCCGCCUGUACGCUGCCCGCAAGAUGACCCGUGAGAGAAUGAUGGGGGAGAAACUGUUCUAUCUCAGCCACCUGCACCCAGAAGAGGAAAUGAAAGUGACUCUGGUUCUGGAGCCAAGAAGUAACAUCAGUAGUGGAGAGUCUCAGCUCAGCCCAUCUGCCGUUUCUCACAGUGAUAGUGCUUCAUCCACGCAGUCGCUGUCUCAUGGAGGGGCACCAGAGCUGUUGGUGGGGCUGUCCUACAAUGCCACAACGGGGCGAUUAUCUGUGGAAAUGAUCAAAGGCAGCCAUUUCCGAAACCUCGCUGUGAACAGAGCGCCUGAUACAUAUGGAAAGCUCUUUCUCCUCAAUUCUGUGGGUCAAGAGAUGUCUCGCUGCAAGACAUCCAUUCGACGUGGUCAGCCCAAUCCUGUCUAUAAGGAGACCUUUGUUUUCCAGGUGGCCCUCUUUCAGCUCUCUGAUGUCACCUUGAUGAUCUCCGUUUAUAACAGGCGCACUAUGAAGCGUAAAGAGAUGAUUGGAUGGAUUGCUCUGGGCCAAAACAGUAGUGGAGAGGAGGAACAAGACCAUUGGGAGGAAAUGAAGGAGACCAGAGGCCAGCAGGUCUGCAGAUGGCACACCUUGCUCGAAUCCUAG